AUCGACAUCAAUUGAAGUAUGUUAAAUAUUCGAAGGACUAAACCCAAGUUUAUCUUAUUAAUUUCCAUAAAAGGCGUUAUUCCUAUGAAUAGUUGUUACACCCUGUAGUGCUUAACACAGUAUGCAUAUUCAUUAAAAACAUCUUCUUACGAAGGAACAUUUUCAACUGAUCACUUGCUUUAUCAUCGAAAGCUAGUGGAUUUCAAGUUAUUGAUUAUGGUGAUUUCGAAUAGGACUAUGACAAAUUCCCUUAGACCUUUAUAAGUUACUUUUCAAGACGAACAAACUUUUUGCCAAAAGUCUCUUUUAAUCUAUCCAGAUUAUAGAGCCUAUCAAAUUGUCUAGAAAAUAAUAACUUAUUUGUUUCAAAUCCAUGAUUAAUAAUUUAUAGUCAAUUAACUUUGAAAGAGAAAGCACUUUAUAAGUUGAAAACAUUUCCUCAUUAAAUCAAAUCACACUUCAGCCUUCUAUUUAGCAGUAGGGAUUUAGAUGACACUAUACCAUAUCAAGGUUGAGCUAGUAUGAGUAUCUAUGUUUUCGGACUACGCUAUUUUGGUGAGUACGAUGUUUUAAUGAAAAUCCAUACUCUUAAAACCAACUAUUUAAAUGGAUAAGAUUUUUUACGGAUACUAAUGAAAUAAACGUUGAGUCUAGUCUGAAAUCCAUGUAAUACUUAUAUUUCAUAAAACUAUUUAGUUUUAUUAUUGAUACAUCAUCUGAUAAAAUAAUUGGUAUUGAUUUUGGUUGAGCAUUUAAUGCAGCUACGAUUCUAAAUAUGAAAUUAUAUUAUUAAAUAUAGAAAAACAAAAUUCUUCUUUUUUUUUUUUGUAUUUAUUCUUUUAGCAUUUAUCCGUACCAGAAUUAAUACCAAUUCGUUUAACACGACAAGUUACACAAUUAAUGUCACAUAUUGGUAGAGCUGGUUUAUUUCGUGCAACAAUGAAUGCAUUACGUCAAAAUUCGGAUUUAUUAGUUAAUCGAAUUAAAAGUGCACGAUUAAAACUUAAUGGAAUUAAUCCAGCUCUUAUAAUUGGUUUUCUUCGUUCAUCAAAUUUAAAAGAAGCACGUCAUCAAAUGGAAAAAGUUGUUCGUGGUGAUAAAAUAGAUAGUAAACGUGCACAAAUUUUAUUAAAAUAUAAUUCAAAUCGUUAUCAUAAAUUAACUGUCGAUGAAUAA